ACCCUAACGAGAGGCACUAGUAAACCUCUCCCUAUUAUAAAUUGCCCCUAAACCUCUCUCUCUUCUUCCACAGCUUUCUCUCUCGCAGCCCUAAAACUCCUUUGCCUCUCUCUCUCGAAUCUCUCUUCCACCUUCAACAUCAAAUGGAAUUCUGGGGAGCUGAGGUUAAGGCAGGGAAGCCACUUAAAGUGGAACCCGAAGAGAACUGUCUCAUCCACGUUUCACAGGCGUCUCUUGACAAAGGGAAGAAGGGUGAGACUGCUCUCUUGUACGUGACCGUUGAUGGGAAGAAGCUUGUGAUUGGAACUCUUUCUCAGGAUAACAUCCCUCAGAUCAGCUUCGAUCUCGUCUUUGAGAAGGAGUUUGAGCUCUCCCACUCCUCGAAGGGAAGCGUCCACUUCAUUGGAUACAAGUCUCCCAACCUCGAUGAAGAGGAGGAUUUCCCUUCUGAUUCAGAGGAAGAGGAGGAGGAAGUGGCGGUUCCCGCAGCUUCCACUGUCUCCACUGUCACGACGACCAAUGGAAGUGCUAAAGCAGCACCUGCUUCGAGUGCUGUUACCAUUGACUCGAAACCAAAGGCCAAGGUUCCUGAGGUGAAGCCUGAAUCAGACGAGGAUGGUGAUGACUCUGACGAGGAGGGUGAUUCUGAAGAUGAUGAAUCUGAUUCUGAGAAAGGAAUGGAUGUUGAUGAGGAUGAUUCAGAUGAUGAUGAUUCUGAGGAGGAAGAAGAGGAUGAUACCCCUAAGAAGCCUGAGCCAAGCAGCAACAAGAAGAGGCAGAAUGAAUCCGCAACACCUGUCUCUGCAAAGAAGGCUAAGCCCGCAGUAGCAGCUACCCCUCAGAAAACAGAGGAGAAGAAGAAAGGAGGGCACACAGCUACACCACACCCAGCUAAAAAGGGUGGAAAGAGUCCUAUGAAUGGUAACCAGAGCCCCAAAUCUGGUGGUCAAUCAUCCGGUGCUAACAAGAAGCCGCAGUUUGGUUCUAACAACAAGGGCAACAAGGGAAAAGGAAAGGGCAGAGCCUAAGUGAAGUUGGGGGGGGGGAGCAAUGAGAUGUUUUGGUUUUUUAGUAGAUGUUCUUGGAACAAAGACCGGUUUUAUUUUAUGUUUUAUCUCCUUGUGGGAAGUGCUUUUAUGUUAACGCAAUUUUAAUCUUAUGGAAUUCAGUAUUUGAGUAAGAAAACUGGUAUUGCAAUCAUGAAAA